CACACACACACACACCCACACACAUAACAGACCCGAUAUAUCGUACACAGAUUUGAGUGUUUGGGCAGCUGGUGGACGAGCCAGGUGAAGGAGAGGAACCACCUGGAGGAGGAGGAGGAGGUUCAUCUGCCACUACACCUUCAGCAGUCUCUCUACCACCAUCACCACAACCUGCACACUGACUUCCGUGGCAGACAGUUGAGGGUGGCGGCGGUGGACAACUGGCCGUGGUUUGGGCUGACGGAGGCUGACGACGGGACAACUGUGUCAGACUCGGGGAUUGAUGUCAGUAUUCUCAACACCCUCAGUCAGAAACUCAACUUUACGUACCGUGUGGUGGUACAGGAGGACGGGCAGUGGGGUGGCUCACAGCCUGACGGUACAGUGACGGGGAUGAUAGGUGUAGUGGCUCGGCAAGAGGCUCACCUGGCCAUUGAUGAGAUCACUAUUACAGCUGCGAGGAAGACUGUAGUCGACUUCACCAGGCCUUACUUCAUGGAGUCAUCAGCAUGUAUCUCACGGGCACCAGAAGAGAAGAGUCGGGCCUUCGCUGUGCUCUCACCAUUCACCACAGAGGUGUGGUUAAGCAUUGCUCUAAGUGUGAUUGGGAUUAGCAUAGUUCUCUUCCUGAUUGGAUUCCUCAUUGGCCAGUACCAAGAGGAGGAAGAGGACGCGGUGUUGUCUCUGCAGGAGGUGACCUUCAACAUGUACCGUAACUUGGUGGUACAGGGCAAUAGACUCCCGACGGUACAGUGGCCCUUGAGGUGCGUCCUGGUGGCAUGGUACCUUUACUGCUACUAUGUGUACGCACUGUACUCGGGAACGCUAACGGCAGUGCUGGCGAUCCCUGCGUUUGAAAAGCCGAUCGACACCCUAAGCGAUGUACUGGAAGCCACCAGACACGGUUUUUAUCCUGUGGUGAUUAAAGAGAGCAGCAUUGACUAUAUGUUUAAGGUGGCCACGUCAGGUAUCUACCACUACAUUGGCCGACUCAUUACUAGCGACAAGAACUACGUGGACGCCCCUCCCAAUGGUGUGGCCUCGGUGCUGCUGGGGAAGGCUGCCUACAUCGACGCCCGCCUGAGCUCCGAGAUACAGAUGAUGAUUCAAGGUCGAGAGAAGUUCUUCAUUGGUCGACAAAGCUUUUUCCCACAAAGUUACGGGAUAGUGUGUAGUAAAGGAGCCUUCUACAGGGACGUCUUUGAUCGAGUGCUGGAGCGCAUAGUGGAGGCCGGCUUAGUGGACAAGUGGAAGACGGACGAGAUUCUUAAGCUGGGCCAAGGGGCUUCCUCGGCCGGUGGACUAGGGCGGGCCAAGAGAGGCAGAGGACCAAGAGCCAUCACCUUGACUCACCUGCAAGGGUCCUUCUUCGUCUACGUCAUGGGCUUGGCACUGGCACUACUUACUCUUCUGAUGGAGCAGGUGGUGAAUGGGUCUCACUCCUCCUACAGGCCCAAGUCAUCUCCGUCACGUUAAUGCUUUGUGAUCCAGCGACACAUCUUCAGAAACUAAUUUGAAAUAUUUAACAAUAACAAAGACAAUAACAAUAAUAAUAAUAAUUACUUUUCGUUAUAUUUCGCACAAUUUGCUCACCAGAUGACGCUGAUAUGACUUUACUACACAAUAACCCUCAGCGAUGGUCUAAAAAUGUGUGUAAUUGUGAUCAAAUUGCACAAGAUUGGAUACCACAGCACCAUUUAUCCCGUAAUAGCUUAGUUUUCGGCGAUAGUAUUCUUAAAGCUUCGUAAAUUAAGCUUUUCCCCGUUCCUGGAGAUGGCAGAACGCCUGUAAAUGGUUAACUUACUCUAAAAUGGCCACCGAAUUAUACUGAGACUCUAUCUUAACUGUAUACCUUCACUUAGCACCAGUUAGGAGACAAAAUUAACACAGAGACGCUACCUUAACUAGAUACGUUCACUUAGCACCAGUUAGACGACAAAAUUAACACCGAGACUCUACCUUAACUAGAUACGUUCACUUAAGAGGCAAAAUGAAGGAAAUUAAUUACUGUGAAUUUUAAAACUGAAAAUACAAAUUGUAUCGUAAUAGCUCAAGGCUUUCUUAAAAUGUAUAACAAAAUUAAACUUUUUUCACCUUAA